GCCAGCCGGAGGAGCGCGGCUUCAGUCGACUGCGGACUGUCUCCCGCGCAGCUGGGAGGUCCGCGCUCCGUGCGGAGAGGCAGGCGGGGCAGGCGUGGGCACUGCGCACGCGCGGGGAGCGGCCCCCGGAGAGCGCGCGCCGGCAGGAGUGUGCGUCGCGUGGCAGCAGGAUGGGCCUCUCGGCCGUGGCCCGGCUGUGGGGCCCGCUGGGGCUGCUCCUGACCUUCGCCCUGCACCCGGCUCUGUGCCUGGGCCCGGUCCAGACCUCGGCGCCCCGGUACCGGGACUACUGCGUCCUGGGCGCCGGGCCCGCGGGCCUGCAGAUGGCCUACUUCCUGCAGCGGGCCGGGAGGAACUACGCAGUGUUCGAGCGCGCCCCGCGGCCCGGCAGCUUCUUCACGCGCUACCCACGCCACCGCAAGCUCAUCAGCAUCAACAAGCGGCACACGGGCAAGGCCAACGCCGAGUUCAACUUGCGCCACGACUGGAACUCUCUGCUCAGCCACGACCCCCGGCUGCUCUUCAGACACUACUCCCGCGCCUACUUCCCCGACGCGGGCGACAUGGUGCGCUACCUGGGCGACUUCGCAGACCGGCUGGGGCUCCACGUGCUAUACAACACGACCAUUGCCCACGUCACUCUGGACAAGGACCCGCAGGCCUGGAACGGCCAUUACUUCAUCCUGACCGACCAGAUGGGCCACGCACACCGGUGCAGCGUGCUUCUUGUGGCCACCGGUUUGUCGGUCCCCAACCAGGUUGACUUCCCUGGCUCCGAAUACGUGGAGGGGUACGAGUCUGUGUCCGUGGACCCCAAGGACUUCGAGGGUCAGAAUGUGCUGAUCCUGGGGCGUGGGAACUCUGCCUUUGAGACGGCAGAGAACAUUUUGGGUGUCACCAACUUUAUCCACAUGCUGAGUCGCUCCCGGGUCCGGCUGUCGUGGGCCACCCACUACGUUGGAGACCUCAGGGCCAUCAACAAUGGCCUCCUGGACACUUACCAGCUGAAGUCCUUGGACGGGUUGCUCGAGUCCGACCUGACGGAUCUGGCUGUCGUGAAGGACCGUGAGGGCAAGUUUCACAUCACCCUGAAGUUCUUCCUGGAGGAAGGCAACCAGAGUGCCGACGCCGACGCCAUCACCCUCCCCCAGGAUGACAACGACAACUUUGCCAUGCGCGUGGCCUAUGACCGGGUCAUCCGCUGCCUGGGCUGGAACUUCGACUUCUCCAUUUUCAACAAGUCCCUCAGACUGUCUUCCGGGGGUGAGUUCAGCAAGAAGUACCCGCUGGUCAAAGCUAGCUACGAGUCCAAAGGAAGCCGGGGUCUCUUUGUCCUGGGCACCGCCAGCCACUCUGUGGAUUACCGGAAGUCGGCCGGUGGCUUCAUCCAUGGAUUCCGGUACACAGUGCGUGCUGUUCACCGCCUGCUGGAGCAGCGCCACCACGACGUCGCCUGGCCCUCCACUGAGCACCCCAUCUCGCAGCUGACCAGCUCCAUCGUCCGGCGCGUGAACGAGGCUUCUGGGCUCUACCAGAUGUUCGGUGUGCUGGCCGACAUCGUCCUGUUGAAAGAGAACACCACGGCAUUUGAGUACCUGGAGGAGUUCCCCAUGCAGAUGCUGGCCCAGCUGGAGACCAUCACAGGAAGGAAGGCCAGGCAUGGGCUGUUUGUCAUCAACAUGGAGUAUGGCAGAAAUUUCUCCGGGCCCGACAAGGAUGUCUUCUUUUAUGACCGGUCUGUGGGGCACACGGAAGACGCCUGGCAGUCUAACUUCCUCCAUCCCGUCAUCUACUACUACAGACACCUCCCCACCGAGCAGGAGGUGAGGUUCCGCCCUGCUCACUGGGCCCUGCCUCGGCCCACGGCCAUCCACCACAUCGUGGAAGAUUUCUUGACGGACUGGACCGCCCCGGUGGGGCAUAUCUUGCCUCUGAGGCGCUUUCUGGAGAACUGUUUGGACACUGAUUUGCGAAGCUUCUAUGCAGAAUCCUGCUUCCUGUUUGCCCUAACACACCAGAAGCUGCCGCCCUUCUGCCAGCAGGGGUACUUGAGAACGCAGGGGCUCGUGGGGACUGAGAGCCUCCGGCGGCACGGAGUGGAGAGUGGGCUCCUGCGGGACUAUGCCACUGUGGGCAGGCGCCAUGAGGACGGGGGCCGGGGGCUUCUGGGUGGCUUCCAGGCCCCAGGGCCUCCGGUCCAGGCCCUCGACAGCAACAAGGAGGAGCUGUGACCGCCAGGCUGCUCCCACCCAGGCCCAGCGCCAGCCACUCAGAUCGUCGCGGUGACCAAGGCCACUCUGAGGGGUAGCCAUGCAGUGGUCGCCCCUCCGGUCUGGUCCUUGGGUGCCUGGGAGGCGGAGUCCCGAGAAGGGCAUGCUCUGCCCGGUGAGAGCCACAUUCACAGCCACGCCUGUCUGCAAGUGAACUGUCACUGGGCACCAGGCUGGCUCGAUUCUGUCCUCAUCAAGUGCCCACCGGUCCCAUUUCCUUCUGGUCUACUCGUCAGAUGAACCGAGAUCCCGCCUGCCUGCAGACUGUGUCACAGGUGGAGCUGUCCUCUUCAUAAGGGUUCAUGGCAGGCACUUUAAACCGAAGCUCUAAUAGCCUCAACCUUCUGGGGCGGGUGGGACUGUCGCCCCUAUGAAGACAUCAGCUCAGAGAGCUUAGGUGACUUCCAGGGUCCCUCCAGGCAUCCCUGUUUGGAUCCCCUGAGGCCUGUGCCACUCUGCCCACCUCACCACUCUGCCUCGCCCCACCCCCACCUCUGUUUCCAGAACCCAGGGGGGGCCGGCCCAGCUUUAUCAUUGUAGGCCUGGCUGCUGUCACCAGGCAGAGACGGGACAGCUCCUGCAAAGCCACCUUAUCUACGUGGGUUUCUGCCUGAGUGGCAGGACUCAGACCGGUGCCCGCCCCAAGACUGCACUCCCUGACUUGUAUCUUCAACGUCUGUUUCUCCUCUUUCCUCCUCGACACCUUCCCCCUGCCCCACUCCUGCCCUCUGAAAUCCUGAACACUACCUUGCCUCUGGUUUGCCUGAGCAAGGCCUGUGAAACUGUCAUCAUGCGUGCAGUGAGGAUUCUGUCUGAGGACAUUCACCCGCUGUUUGUACAGAGAGCCUCGCUCAGUGUGUGCAGGGAGGCAUUUCUAACUGCAUUUGUGUGACAACGACCAUGCCUUUACUUUCUGGUUGCCCUGGCUGUUCUCAGUCUUCCUCACCAGGACUCUGCCCCCUGCCUACACUCCCGUCAGGUACUUUUGUCUCAGGUAGGAGUAGGCCAUAGAAAGCAUUUGUACAGGAAAUAAUCAGGGAGAUUUUUUUCAAAGCCCAGGACCGUAGAUGAUUGCUUUUUCAUCGGUUCUUAUGGGUCCCUGUAUCCACUCAGAAUUCAAGGAACACCGGCUUUCUGGAUCCAUGGCCCUUUUCUGGAAACAUCCUCUUGGCCUCAACCACCAGGCGCACUUCCUGUCUGCAAAUGCGUCUUGCUCCAGUCUUGUGCAGUUAGAACAGUGACACCCGGCAGCCCGAGCCUGUUGGGGAGGUGCUUACCCUGUGACAAUACCUGGCAUAGCUUGCCUGAGGGCAGAAAGCUCUAAAGAUUUCUCCCUGAUCCCAGAGUGUUGGGUUCACCAUAUUUCUUACAGAUGAUACGUAAACCAGAUUUGGGGCCCGUCAGCGCCCCCCUCCUUUUCCCAGACCUUUUUAAAAAAUCUUUUCACUAGGACUGUUCCCAUAAUGUCAAACCCUGCCUCACACAUCACACCUCACCAGCCACUGAAGGUAGCUGAGCGCCUUGUGCCAAUCAAAGUUCAAGGUGCUGCAACAAAUAAUUCACGGGCGCCUAACGAUGUGACAUCUGCUGCUUCUCCCGUCAUCUGCCAAACUGUUAAUUCCACCAAAACUUCAGCCAGCCUUGUUCAUGUUUCAUAAGACGUGGCUUCAUGGUUCAGCUGAUUAGAGAUGCCGUCCCUGGUAUUCUCCUUGUAAGACUGGUCAGUAAUUUGGAAAAGAAAAUAAAUCUUGUUUCAAAUCCCUAUUUCAUACUAUACUUGAGAAUUAAUUCCAGAGCAAUUUUUUAAAAAGAUUCUAUUUAUUCAUUUGCUAGAGCACAACUAAGCAGAGCAGCAGGCAGAGGAAGAGGAGAAGCAGGCUCCCCACCUUGCCGGGCUGGGUCCCAGGACCCUGGGAUCAUGACCUGAGCCAAAGGCAGGCGCUUAACCAACUGAGCCACCCAGCUGCCCCAAUUCCAGAGCAAUUUUUAAGAGCCAUAUAGAAACUGGAGGUGAUGAGGGGGUGUUAGAAUAAAAGAAAGGACCGUCCAACUUCAGAAGCAAUGGGGUAAUUCCCCAGAGGAAAAUGUUUAACAUUUCCAGUCCAUACUUAAUUUUUUAAAAUUUAUUUAAAUUCCAGUUACUUAACAUACAGUGUAAUAUCAGUUUCAGGUGAAAUUUCUUCUUUUUUUUUUUUUUUAACUAAUCUCUACACCCAGCAUGGGGCUCAAACUCGCAACUCUGAAGUCAAGUGUCAUGCUCUCCACUGACGAGCCAGCCAGGCGCUCUCCCCCCCCUCCGCCCCGCCCAUACUUAACUAAUGUGACUAACGUGACCAUUUAAAGAAAAGGAUAAAAAUUAAAAGGCAAA